AUGGCAGACUUGUUCGAAAAACUGGGUGGUGCGACAGUUUUCUCCAAAAUAGACCUGAAGACAUGUUAUUGGCAAGUUCAGAUUGCGGAGGUUGAUGAACACAAGACGACUUGUAUGACAAGAUAUGGGUCGUACGACUUCCUGCUUAUGCCAUUCGGCUUGACCAACGCUCCAUCCAUAUUUUGCACCCUGAUGAACCAAGUCUUCCGAGAGUACAUUAAUGAAUUCGUGGUGGUCUACUUGGAUGACAUUGUGGUAUAUAACCAAACACUGGGAGAACAUCUGGAGCACUUGCGAAAGGUCCUAGCCCGAUUACGGGAGCACGAAUUAUAUGCGAACAUAUGGAGCUCCUUUGCUUAA